AUGGCUCGUCUUGCUGUCCGGGCUCGCAAGGUUGUCCUUACCACAAACAAGCUCGGCGUACUUGAAGAUGCUUCUCAGCUGGAUGAAGGGAUUACCGCUGGGCCUCUGCAGCACGUGCUGCUCGACGCGGACUGGGAGAUGGAUUCGUCUCUUGGAGCUCACCUUGUCGAUAGCUUGCAUGGCGAGGACCGAACCUCCGAUAACAUAGACAAGUAA